GCCUCGCUCCAAAAGGUUUUCAUGAGGCCAUAUAAAACCAGGGUGUAAGGAAUUUCUGUGAGGACUCUGGUGACUGGGAUGUACUGCAGAGCAUCCAGAGCAUGCUUUCAUCUGCCUUUGGUUCUGUAUAUUUUGCUGAAGGAGUAAAAAAAAGUUGGACACCAUAAAAUUCUGAAAAGCAGAGAGAUGGCAGCUAUGAAUGAAAGAUUGCGCCAUGCGCAGACGUGGCUUCAAAGCAUGAUGGAAUACCUUCAUGUGAAGGAACGCAGUGCAGCAGCCAUCAUCUUUGCCAAACAACGACCCAUUGCUGCUACUUUGAUUGGUGUUGCUGUGGCAACGAGCUUUCUCCCAGCUGUGGCUUUUGUGUCAUUUGUGGCCACCUUUCUCAUCAUUGGCGUUAUUGCAUUGCUCGUCAUUGAAGGCACUGCCAUACUUUCGGCCAUUGUGAUCCUACUUCUUGCCCUGGUUGGUUGCAUGAUGGCCACCGUCUUCAUCGGUGCAGUCAUCUUGGGUGGCCUCUUUGCAGGCCGCUUCACUUGGCGCAUCGCCGCCCCGCUCCGCACCAAGAUGGCUGUGCGUCUGGGCAUGCAUGGAUCUGCUGCCGAUAACAAGACAGCUCCCUCUGCCACCGAAGAGAAGGGACAGCUUGAGACCGACUACAUGCCAGAUCUUGGCUUUGCAGGCAAGGGGACGGAAGCCAAAAGCGACUAGCGGUGGUGGUCCCCUAGAAGACGAGGACAAACCUACAGCAAUCCCAACGCAGUGCGGGUCUUCAAGACAGAUGAAGAGUACACCGCCUUUGUGGCCUCCAUGUCCUUGAUUGUACUUGUUCUGUUUAUAUCACUCUUCCUGUUUCUGGUUGUCAACCCGGGGCUGAUGAUUUUGUCUUGGGCACUGUCACCAUGAUUUUUUUGUAAAUGAAACAUUUGCUUAUUCGGCCAAGUAUCAUUGCUGGAUGCUGGAUGUUUUGAUCCAAGUCACACUACAACUUCUAACAAUGUACUCACUGAGAGGAGACAAGCCAAUGUUUUGCACUGGCUGGAUAUGGAAGUGGAGAUUGCUGCUUUUGUUUUGAAUCGUUUCUAGGGCAUAAAAAUGUUAGGUUUACAUGAUUUGUACUUGAGGUAUGCUUCCUAUAUGUAUCAAUCUAAAUAUUAUAUCAAAAUAUCAAAUUAAAUAUCGGUGCAGUGAAGUAUGAAUGAACCUUGGCAUGUAAUAAGUAUUAUGUGUUACUUUAAUUAUGCUUUCAUAAGUUGCAUUUGCUUAAGUAGUUGAAAUUGUAAAAAGUACAUCAUGUGUACGGAGCUCAUGCACAUUUAUUGGUACAGGUGUUGUUGCCAAGUAGCCCUUGUACAUGCCAUCACUUGCAGUUUUUCCAAAGAUUUGGGUUUUGUUGUGCAUUUUCUUGAAUGAUUCUUCUAUUUUGCAAAGUAAUAUCGUCAUUAUGAUGUUUCUGAAUAUUUUUGCACUGUUUACCAUUUGCCAUUUAUCUUGCACUUUAACAUGUCUGACAUGUUUCUUUAAUUGUACUGUAAUUAAAAUGCAAAGUUGCUUUUUGAAAGUCAAAUUGUCUGGCAUUUUGUUUGCUCUUGACUCAAGUUGCUAUCGCUCUUUGUCAUGACCUUUGAGAUCACAA